AGAGUGCACAUAAUAAAACAACAACUUCAAUAAGAAGAAAAACAUUUUACAUAAAAAAGAAAGAAAUAACAACAGCAACAAUAACAACAACAACAACUAUUUUAAAAUAAUGUGUAACAACAAUCCUUUUGUGUUUCUCUUGGCUUUAUAAAUGAAAUUUUACAAAAAUAAAAAAAUAACAAAAAAAAUAACAAAAAACAACACAACAGACAACAGAACAAAACAAAGAAGAAGCAGAAGACAACAGCAAGAAUUGAAUAUUUGAAAUAUUUAAAUGUUUCAUCAUCAUCAUUGAAUUGUAACGACAACUAUUAAUAUUUUUAUUGGCGCUUAGAUGAUCAACUGACGUAUAUAACUGUCGUUACUUUUUAUUUAUUUUUUUGUAUCAGUGAAUUGAGUUAAGGUUCUUUUUGAUAAAUAAACACGAAUUGUGUGCAAAUUAUAUUCGUUUCAGUUGGAAAAAAAAAAGAAAACUUAAUUUAGCUGCAACUGCGGAAAUAACUUAUGCGGUUUAACAUCUGCCAUAAAAAUAAAGUUCAAGACCACAUUUUGAACAUGUAGUACUUAUAGUUUAAUAACAAAAACAAGGGGCCAAUUAUAUUUGCUGAUAAUUUAGACAAAAUUUAAAAAGAAUGAUCAAUAAAAUAUUAAAAUUUAUAAUUGUCACAUUAUGGUUACUGCAGUUACCUUUAAAAGUUCAAACUCGCCAUCACAAUCGCAAUAGCGGUGGCGGUGGAGGUGGUGGCCGAUUUCGUUCGUUACAAUCGCAACAGUUAUCGAAUAUUGAUGUACGUGAUAAAAUACUCGAACUACAAUGUUAUGCCAAGUGCCAUGAAACUCUGAGAGGUAAUAAUAUCGACUAUGAACCUUGCCUAACAAAAUGCCAAAUCGACAUGAUCAAAGCUCCUCGCAGAGGUUACUGCCCAGCCAUGCAAAAUGCCAUCUUUCAAAAUAUUAACGUGCAGCCGUUACAAAAACUUUCGUGCUUGGACAAUUGCAGUUAUGAUUUUGAUUGUCCUGAAGUGCAAAAAUGUUGCAAUUCAGCCUGUGGACCGGUUUGUAUGCAACCUAUAGGUGUGCGAGAUGAUAGUAGGCUACCGCCCAUACCAAAGAUAUUAAAAUGUGGCCUUAUACCGCGUGAGCAAAAAGUGGAAAUAACUUUGGAAUCAAAUUCUUCGUAUUAUUUUCACGUUGAGGUGCGUUAUCAUAUUGGCUCGUUGUUAUCGCCGCGUAAAUUGGGCCCUUGGCAAUAUCAGGCAGUGCAAAAAUUAGCAGAAAUAUUAGAUUUGAAUAUAUUGUUAACUACUGUAGCAUUUUAUUUGAGACCCGGUCGUUGGUAUCAAGUAAGAGUGGCUGCUAUUAAUGCUUAUGGUUUCAGAGGCUACUCGGAACCUUCACAGGCAUUUACUUUACCUAAUCAUCCUAAACCACCAAAAGCUCCAGCAGAUUUAAAAGUCGUGUCAUCACAUUCGAAUGGUAAACAUGUUAAUAUAAAAAUAGUAUGGUGUGCUUCCAAAUCAAAUCUUCCAAUUGAAAAAUAUAAAAUUAUCUGGUCAUUAUAUGUGAAUAAUGUACGCGAUGAAUCUUUAAUAUCGAAUGAGGCCUUCGUUAAGGAUCGCCAUCAAUUUGAAAUUCCUAAUUUAUUACCCGACUCCAGUUAUUAUAUACAAGUACAAGCCAUGUCUAUUAAUGGCAAAAGACGUUUAAAAUCGGAUAAACACUCUAUACUAUACAAUACCACCAAAUCACCCACUCAAGCCUUUAGUCCGUUAAAAUGUGGAAAAGAACAUCAACUCCUAAGAGAUGGUCUGAGUAAUGCAUUUAACGAUGAUAGAUAUUACACAAAAAACAAUUUAUACAAUGAUGGUGGUGGUAGUUCAUUAACAUCCCUCUCCUCAACAUCUGCAAUAAGUUCCAUAUCUAGUUCUACGACCACUUUUAAUAUAAAUAACAAUAAUAGUACUUAUAACUCGAAAGCGGAAAAAUUCGAUGUCAAAUAUCGUCCUAAUCGUAAGUUGGGCAUGUUGGUGAUUAUAUCUGGUCUCUUUACAAGAGAUGAAAAGUAAGUUUGAUUUUAAAAAAAAUUUUAUAAAUUUUCUC